GAGAAGUCUGAACACCACUACUUGCGACGUUGGCAGAUAUGGGGUAAGGAGACCAAUCCAACAAAGCAAACUCCCGCACAAGAAUGGGAUGGUCCAUCGCAAGGAUGGGGUGCUCCACCCGUGCAAUAUGGUUGGCAACCAUAUGACCCAUCAUCUAUUCAGCCUGUGCUACCCCGCGAGGACGUCGAUAAUUACUUUUACCUCAACGUCCGGUACACUAACCGGGACGCGGAACCUGAUGUAGUAUUCAGUCAUUUCAGCAGCACCUUGAUUGACUUCUUACGGUCUGUGAUUUCCGAGUAUCUUCCUCUGCAAAUCUUCAUCCCAUCUUCUUAGCAUGGCUAUUGGCGACGAAUUUUUCGACCAAAAUCCGGACUCGCCUCUCACUCACUUUGUCUUCAAACUCGAUGAGCUCAAGGCCCACCUUUCGGAUGCACGUUCAGCUUUGUCUAAUCAUUCAGGAGAGGAGUUGAAGACAAAAGCGCACGAUCUUGGCCGCUUAGAUUCGCUAAGCACGCAAAGCACAGAACAAGAUGCCCAGCAGUACCUCGAGGAACUCGUUAAUCAAUUGGACGUUCUCAUACCUUUGGUUGAGAAAGAGUUCGAGCCCAUAUCCAAGCGCCUAGAAUUAGAGCUAUCUUAUGGCCACAUCUCAUUUGAUCUUCUCAUAUACUACUUCAAGAAAGGAGGGAAAUACCAUUACGAGUCUUGGGGCGAAAAGCUGGCCUUUGUACUAGAUGGCACAAGCAUGGACUCGUCUUUUCGUAUCCUUAACAUUAAUGGCCAUGGUAUGAUGUGGGAUGGCCAUGAAUACGUCCACGACACUAGAGUUGUUGACAUUCCUCGUUACUCCGGGACAAAGGCAUUAUCUGAUCUUCAGUGCAAAAUCAUGCAAGAUGAUGUACACAAUGAACUGACUGAGCGCGGAAGAUUGUAUGCUGCUGUGUCAGGUGUUCAUUUCAAGUCAUAUGAUGGCCGCCGUGUGGUCAUUGAUGAAAAUGGCUAUUGUGGCAGAGACCCAGAGUCUUCACGUGAUUAUGAUGAUUACGUUCCACCGCGUUCAAAUAGAUACCGCGCGACACCUCCACCUGUACCUGGUUAUGGUGAUGCACGUCCUGAUUCCCCUUACGCCGGUGACAACUCGGGACAGAAAUCUUUAGAGUUCCCAGAAGACCAACUGUACCUUCUACCAGUGAAAGUACAUGGAUUCGAUAUCCGUGACAAGACUUGGGAGACGAUUGAUGUUCGUAAACUUGAGGAGAUCCAUUUCGAUGAACAUGCUUGGGACCAUCUCGUUCUUAAUAAAGCGACAAAGGCUCUUAUCAAAGGGCUCGUCAAUGUCACAAAGACGACCAACGCAACCGGGGAAGUGUUCUCUGAUGUCAUUACUGGGAAAGGUGGAGGAAUGAUUGCGCUCCUACACGGUCCGCCUGGGACAGGCAAAACACUGACAGCAGAGGCUGUGGCUGAACACCUGAAACGACCACUCUACGUUCUCAGUUCACUUGAGCUUUCGACUACACCCGCUACGUUGGAGAAAAAGCUGGGUGAUGUUCUGAGGCUUGCAACGACAUGGGAUGCAGUCGUCCUCAUUGACGAAGCCGAUGUAUUUCUGGAGCAAAGGAGUCUUCAUGAGUUGGAGCGCAACGCCCUCGUUUCUGUUGCUCUUCGGGUCCUCGAGUACCAUCGCGGUGUCCUUUUCUUGACUACCAAUCGUAUCCAGGCCUUUGAUGAAGCCUUCCUAUCCCGGUUUUCCAUUGCCGUGAAGUACCCAGAGCUGGAUGUUGAUGCCCGUUUGACCAUCUGGCGAAAGUUCUUUGAGCUUGCUGGGUGUGAACUGUGGGGCGGCAGUGGACAGCCUGGAGACGGACGGCAGAGCCCGGACGAGUUUGUCAAACUUGAAGGACAAGAGCCGCAGUGCUAUGUUUCGCUUGCUGACCUGAAGGAACUGGCUGCGAAGCCUUUCAAUGGCCGCACUAUCAAGAAUCUUGUGCGGACCGCGCAAGCGUUGGCCAUGUCAUCGGACGAACCGCUUUCCCUUGAACACGUCAAGGUUGUGGUUGAAGCGCAAGAGAAAUUCUUGACCGAGUUUGCGAAAAUCAAGUUAUGACCGAACGUCACGUUAUGACUGUGAUCUUUGGUUAUCAUGUAACAAGUAGUCAUGUUGUUUU